UCAUCAAACUACAGCUCUUAGGAUUCGACAGCAUUGAUCCACGUCCAUGAAAGUGGCGUCGAACUGUUUUCGUUCUACAGUGCUCGAGUCUACACAGCCAUUAAAAAGGGGGAGAAGCCACCCCGCAUUUCCCCUCUGGGGCUGAGAUCGAGGCAAGAACAGGCGCUCUCAAAACUAAUACUAUUCAACGUGUCUGCGAAAAGAUCGUUUCUUGGUCCGUCCUCCUGAAUUCCCGGAACAGCGGCGGCUUUUCCCUUUCACUUUCGUUCGGCUUUUAGGAGGUAGAGCCCGCCUUCGCUGGAGUCUCUUCACGCUGAAAGGAGCCCUGAGUUCAGGGACCAGAAUGAACGCCUCUGAGAGCCUUCCUGAGAUCGACGAGGGACUGUACUCUCGCCAACUGUAUGCGCUGGGCCGUGAGGCCAUGCAGAAGAUGGCUCAAAAAGCUGUGCUGGUCUCUGGGAUGCAGGGCCUCGGAGUAGAGAUUGCCAAGAAUGUGAUCCUUGCAGGUGUGAAAUCUGUCACUGUCCAUGACCAGAACAAAGCCCAGUGGAGUGACCUCUCCUCACAGUUCUAUCUAUUGGAGGGUGAUGUGGGGCAAAAUCGAGCGGUGGUCUCCCAGCGCCAUCUUGACAAACUAAAUAACCACGUCCCUGUGCUACUCCAUACUGAAAGGUUGUCUGAGAGCUUCUUGUCUACUUUCCAGGUUGUAGUCUUGACCAAUUCAUCUUUGGAGGAACAGCUGCGUAUCAGUGAUUUCUGCCAUGCCAACAAUAUUUGCUUGGUCAUAGCUGACACAAAGGGCCUGGCUGGGCAGCUUUUCUGUGACUUUGGAGAAUCCUUUGUGGUUUACGAUCCCUCAGAGGCUGACCCUGUCUCUGCUACCAUUGAGCACAUCACCCAGGGAAACCCGGGUAUUUUGACAGUGGCUUGGGAUGAAGAGCAAGGACAGCAUCCCAAUUUUAAGAAUGUUAACUGGGUGAUCUUCUCAGAGGUUGAAGGGAUGACAGAACUGAAUGACUCCAAGCCUCGUUCCAUCUGUGUGAGAGGAGAAGGCCGUCUGGAAAUUGGAGACACAUCUUCCUUUUCUCCAUAUAAGUGUGGUGGGAUCAUCACUCAAGUCAAGAUGCCUCAGAAGUAUUCCUUUAAAUCCUUGCGUGAUUCCAUGGCUGAACCUAAGAUCUGGACUCCAGAUAAGGGAAAACUUCCUUACUAUUGCACACUUCACACUGCUUUCUGGGCAAUGCAUAUCUUCUGGAGUGAGAUGUGUCGACUUCCCCAGCCCAGGGAUCAGGAAGAUGCAGAUAAGAUGGUGGAGCUGUCACAGACCCUAACUAAGGGUGAGGAGCCACUGCAAAAUGAUCUGAUCCAGACUUUUUCAUAUGGAUGCGCUGGUAACCUAAGCCCUGUUAAUGCUUUUAUUGGAGGCUUAGCUGCCCAAGAGGUGCUGAAGGCUGCCUCAGGGAAGUUCACCCCUCUGGAUCAGUGGCUGUACUUUGAUGCUUAUGAAUGCCUUCCUGAAGAUAAUGUACAGCUAACAGCAGAAGACUGUACUCCAUGCAAUAGCCGCUAUGAUGGACAGAUUGCGGUCUUUGGGACUGACUUCCAGGAACAACUGGGGAAGCAAAAAUAUUUUAUGGUGGGAGCAGGUGCCAUUGGCUGUGAGCUCCUGAAGAAUUUUGCCAUGAUGGGCUUGGCGGCUGGAGUGGGAGGGAGCCUCACUGUGACAGACAUGGAUACCAUUGAAUACUCCAAUCUCAACAGGCAGUUCCUUUUUCGACAGCAGGAUGUGUCUAAGCUGAAAUCAGAAAUGGCAGCAACUGCAAUAAAAUUCAUGAAUCCGAAGAUUAAUGUGGUAGCUGAGCAGAAUAAGGUUGGGCCUGAAACAGAGCACUUCUAUGGGGAUGACUUCUUCCUUCAGCUGGAUGGUGUCGUCAAUGCCCUGGACACCUUUCAAGCCAGAGAGUAUGUGGGGAAAAGGUGUGUGCAGUACCUGAAGCCGUUGCUCGAUUCUGGGACUCAUGGUGUCAGGGGGCAUGUUCAGGUCUGUGUGCCUUUUCUAACAGAGCCGUAUGGCCAAGCUCAAGACAUGGAAGAGAAAGAGCACCCUUUCUGUACUCUGCGCCAUUUCCCUACCACCAUCCAGCAUGCCAUACAGUGGGCUCGAGAUAAGUUUGAAGGUCUUUUCAAGAUGACAGCAGAGAAUACAAACAGAUUCCUAAAGGAUCCCAGUUUUUUUGAGACUCAAGAAGGAGAGGCCUUGGAGACACUUGAGAAAGUGCACCUCAGCCUUCUGAAGAAGCCAGACUGCUGGACGGAUUGUGUGAUCUGGGCCCGGAGUCUUUGGGAGCAUCUUUUCUCCCAUGAUAUCCAACAACUGCUUCACAUCUUUCCACCUGAACAUGAGACAAGCUCUGGGCUUCCUUUCUGGUCAGGAUCCAAGCGAUGCCCACGGCAGCUAGAUUUUGACUGUGGUAAUGACAUGCACAUGACCUUCAUUUUGGCUGCCAGUUGCCUCUUUGCCCAGAUGUACAGACUGCCUAUCAAUGAGGACGUACCUGCUGCCCUCCAGGUCCUCUUUGACCUGCAUCUCCCAUCUUUCCAGCCACAAAAGGGCAUGCAUAUCCCACUCACUGAUGAAGAGAUACAGGAACCAGGGGGUGCUGUUGACAAGAAGUCCAGGAGAUCUGCUGAAGAUCAGCGAAGGCUAGCAGAGCUCAAGCAGAAAUUGACAGAGCUAAGGCAAGAAAUGGCAAAGAACAGUGAUUUUACAUCUAACAUCAUGAUACCCAUUCACUUUGAGAAGGAUGACGACACCCAUUUGGACUUCAUCACCAGUGCAGCCAAUCUGCGAGCCAAGAACUAUGGCAUCCCUCUCACUGAUACACUCCAGACCAAGAGAAUAGUGGGGAGGAUUGUUCCUGCUAUUGUCACAACUACAGCAGCUGUAGCUGGCCUGGUAUGCUUGGAACUUUACAAGCUGGUGUGGAGACACAGGGACAUCCGUUCCUAUCGCAGCAGCUUCCUGGGGCUCUCAGAGCCCUUGCUCCGCUUCCAGCCUCAGUUGGCUCCACAGUCAUACAAGUACCACCAGAAGACAUGGAGCUGUUGGGACAGGAUUGAAGUGCCAGGUUAUGAUGCCAAGGGAGAAGAAAUCACUCUGAGAGACCUUUGUAGUCAUAUCCAGAGGGAACACAACCUGGUGCUACGGAUGGUACUGUAUCGUGAGGCUAUUCUCUAUGCUGAGUUCUGGGAGAAAAGGCAAAGAGAGCAACAUCUUUCCUACAGGCUGACUGAAGCGGUUUGCCAGACUUCUGGAGAGGCUGUCUCCCCAGAGCAAAAGCUCUUGGUGUUGUCAAUAGUCUGUGAAGAUGAAGAGGCUGAUAAUGAUUUACCACCUGUUCAUGUCUGGCUCCAUCCAGUGAAAACUGAAAGAUGAGGAACAUUGGCUGUAUAUGGACGCUGCUCUUAGGAAAACUGCCUUUGGAUCCCGGAUUGGACAGAAUGUUUUUGCCUAGCUUAUCUCUCAAGUUCUCCCGCAAUGACUGGAGCUGCAAACAGACCAAGGCAACACACAAAACAAAA